AUGCAGUUCAACAUCGCCUUUGUCCUCUCGGCCCUGGUCGCGGUCCCCGCCGCCCUCGCCGGCACCAUCCCCAAGCGUGGCUGCGGUACCCACGAGAAGCACGAGGAGCACGAGAAGAAGGUCCAGGAGCGCAUCGCCAACAUCCGCGUCGCCGCCGCCGCCAAGCAGAUCCCCGUCUCGUGGCACACGAUCACCGACGGCACCAGCGGCAAGCUCACCGCCUCGCAGGUCCAGGCCUCGAUCGACGUCCUCAACAAGGACUACGCCAGCACCGGCUUCUCCUUCUACCUCUCGGCCUCCGAGACGGUCACCAACAAGUCCUGGUUCACCGGCGUCGACCAGGGAACCACCGCCGAGGCCCAGAUGAAGAACAGCCUCCGCGACGGUAACGCCCUCACGCUCAACGUGUACACCGUGAGCUUUGGCUCUUCGGGCCUGCUGGGCUACGCCACCUUCCCCUGGAGCUACUCGGGAGCCCCCAAGAACGACGGCGUCGUCAUCGCCUAUCAAACUUAUCCUGGGUCGUCCUAUGCUCCCUUCAACCAGGGACGCACCCUUACCCACGAGGUUGGUCACUGGCUUGGUCUCUACCAUGUCUUCCAGGGAGGAUGCACGGGAUCGGGCGACAGCGUGUCGGACACGCCCGCCCAGUCGACUGCUACGUCGGGCUGCCCGUCGAGCCAGGACUCGUGCCCCAACGUGGCCGGCGUCGACUCGAUCCACAACUUCCUCGACUACUCGGACGACGCCUGCAUGUACCAGUUCACCGCUGGCCAGACGAGCCGCAUGGCCCAGAUCGUCUCGGCCUACCGCGGAUAG